CUAUGGACGGCAACCAUUAGCAACAACUACACUGUCUUGUCAGUGCGUUUUGGGAAAAUUUCGUGAUAAUUAAAUAAAAACCAAUAAACAUGAGUUCACUUAAUGUAAAAGUCAAUGUCCAUGCAGAAAAUAAUAAAAAAUUUUAAACGUUAGUAAUACCCAUUAUAAAGGAUUGAAUAUGGAUUUUUUGUUUGCUUUGUUACCAGAUUCGAAUUUCCAAAUGACUGAUGAGCAACUAAUAUUAUGGCAGCAUAAUGCUGUUUUUGAGUGUGAAUGCGAUAAUUUCAUUAAUAGACACUAUGAAGCUGGCCGUUUAGAAGGAUUACGUUUACGAAAUUAUGCUAUUGAUGCAGCCAUACAACAACAUGGUUUACAAAGAAGACGUCGCGAAUUGGAUAGUGCCAACGAUUUUGGCAUAGAUCCUAGCUUACAGGCUCCCUCUGCCCGCAGGCCACGCAUAAUUGCUUUCAAUCCAGACAUUUAUCAUGAGUCUAUUUCUGAAGCAAUACGAGAGAGGGGCUUGGGAAUACCAAGAAACUCAUAAUACAUAAGUCAACUGCUGUUUCUACAUUGAAUGUGAACAGGAUGCUUUUUAGGUGUAAUUUUGAAAACAAACACCCAUUCGACUUACACUUUCCUAAUAUAGUAUUAAAAAGCAAGUGAGGAAUUUAUGGAAAUGCUAAAUAUUUUUAAAUAUAUUUUAUGGUAAAUCCGGCUGAUAUCCUUAAAUCAAUUUUAAAAAAGUAUUUUUGUGUACACGCAAGAAGAAC